AUGGAGUCCAUGGCUCUUCCUCUCCAUUUAGAACGAAAUGUAAUACAAGUCUAUGGUCGUAUCCUGGCCUCAAAAUAUGACACCUAUGAUUUUAAUGUAGAUUUUAUUGAUGGGCCUAUUGUCCUCCAAGCAGACGGAUGGAUGACCGUUUGCUCGCUUGCAGACAAGGAGACACGCAGCACAUACCCUCUUCAAAUAGAUCACGGCGUGGGAACUGUUGGUUGCCGAGUGGAAGGCAACUAUAUUGGGUCACAUAAUGUCAGCUUUUCAGUGUUUAACAAGGGAAAGUCACUAGUGCACAAGGAUGCUUGGCUUAUCAGUGCUAAACAGGACCUUUUCUUAUACCAAACUUUCCCAGAAAUCUUUUCAGUGUUCCCAGCUGCAGGGAGCUUGAGUGGUGGAACUUUGCUCACUAUCACCGGAGACUUUUUUGAUACACCUGUGACGGUCACUGUUGCAGGCGCUCCCUGCCAAAUUAAAUAUGUUUCUCCACAAACGAUCAUCUGCACAACUGGAGCAGCUGGUGAAAGUAGAUACCCCAAUGGACCUCAGCCAGGAAACAGGGGGCUUCUUUUUGAAGUUUGGGAUGAAACAGACAACAGUCUUGGGGAAGCCGCUCCUGCACACAGGAGGCAGUUUGUUCCUAAUGCCAGUUUGCCUUUAGGUUUUAUGCCUGAGGGACAGCAGUUCAGUGCCCGGCUGUCUGGCUUUUUUGUGGCACCUCAGACAAAUAACUACACCUUUUGGAUCCAGGCAGAUGCCACGGCUUCUUUGUAUUUCAGCCUUUCUGAAGACCCAGGGAAGAAGAUUGAAGUUGCAUCUAUUCCAGCUGGUAUUCCUGAGUGGUUGACAAACUGGGAGAAAAGCUGGAGCCAGCCUUGGAAGCCAAAAUCUGAGAAAUUUGAAUUAAUGGGUGGCGCAGUGCACUACAUGGAAGCAGUGUAUCAUGGGAGGUCGCCACACUUUGGAAUGAGAAUUGGAGUUCAAGUGCACAAUACCUGGCUGAACCCCAACGUGGUGAACACGUACCGCAGAGAGAGGCAUGAAAUACUUGCCAGUGCGUCCAGGCUUCCAGAGAUACAGAUGCUGACAUUAUCUGGUACAGGACGGUUCAGUCUUUCCUGGGACAAUGUAACCAGCGUCUUCAUGUCAACAAACGCUACAGCUGAACAAGUCCAAAAAGCGCUUGAGAACCUGCUUUCAAUAAAAUGCAAAAUCGAGCCACCAUCAGCCAAAAUCCUUCUGCAGGCUGGAUUUGAGCAUGGUUAUUUGAACAACACCCUAUAUGUUGCCGUGUCUUAUGCCAAUAAAUUUCUUCAGCCUGUGAAAAAGAAUUUGACUUGCCUGUACCCUCUUAACAAGACCAGUCCAGAAAGCUGGAAAUUUAUAUGUACUGAUCUUUGGAAGGAUUGUUUGGAGAAUUCUGAAUUCCUAAAAGAUCUUCUGAAAAACUCUUCGGUAUUUCUGCAUCAGAUUGAUUUAGAACCGCUUGCCGGCAUGGCCGAGUCAUCUGACUGGUUCUUUGUGGAUGAAAUCAUAGUUUCAGACAGAGAUAUAGUUGUUUUUCAAAGAGAACCAAGACCAGCCCGUCCGCAUGGGAGUCUUAUAGAAUCUGUAUCUGUAGCUGGUGCUUCGCCCAUAUACAACGUGUCCUUUUUAGCAGCGGAUUAUUGCAAGGAACUCCCUCUUAUCUCACUGAGAGAAGCAGUGAACGAGACAAGCAUCAAUCUGACUGUUCGGAGAGUGCAGGCUGUGAGCCCACCUCUUGGCGGGACCUUUCGAAUUCAUCUGCCCAAUGUUGUGAUAUCAGGUAUUCCCGUGUCCAUCUCUUCCCGUCACCUCCGCAAGCUCCUGCAAAGCUCCGCUGAUAAUUUUACAGCCCAGUACUUGAAUGCCACUGAUUUUUUGGUAACGAAAGACUCGAGCAGCUGUUACCAAAGCACAUGGACAUUGACUUGGUCCUCCAUGACUGGUGACUUGCCCAAUAUCAUCAGUGUCUCUGCUGAAAACCUCACUGGUCUGAACCCAACAAUUACAGCCCGUGUUGUAUUUGAUGGGGGUGUUUUCAUUAGUCCUAUUUUUGGAGACAUGCUUGCUACCCCCAACGACUUCACACAGGUUGCGGUUGCAGUGAAUGAUGUCCCAGCCAACUGUUCUGGUUCAUGCAUCUUCCAGUAUCUCUUGGAAUCUACUCCUUUAGUCGAUAGUGUUGAAUAUUCUGUAGGUGACGCCGUUCAUAUGUUAAUUCACAUUGUGGGAUCUGGCCUCACUGCAGACCGUAUGUCAUUGCACAUCGAGGUGAACCAGACCGUCUGUGAAGUCUUGGCUUCCAACCACAGUACCGCUCUUUGCCAGAUGAACUUGUUACCAGCUGGGUUGUACAGACUUGCGGUGCUGGUGAGACCCUAUGGAUUCGCAGUCAAUGCUAGUAGAGGCAGUGGCAUCUUCUUAAGGAUUAUGCCCAGAUUGACUGCUAUUGAGCCUCCUACGGCUUCAGAGAUUGGUGGGCUCCCAGUAACCCUCACAGGUUCAGGUUUCGAUGGGAUACGCCUGGUGCAGUUUGGUUCUCAGCCUUGUCCAAUUAAUGCCUAUGUCAGCAGUGGAACGAAAAUUGAAUGCGGGCUUCCUCCCUGGAGAGGAGAAGACCAUAUGGUUGAUGUGAUGCUGAUCAGUGAAUAUGGAUCUACCCUCUUUGCUAACGUGUUUACAUAUGAUUCUUCACUCAACCCAUUGAUCAUUUCACUGAGCAGAAAUACUAGCAGCAUAGCAGGAGGCCAGACGCUCCAUGUCGGUAUAUCAUCAUUCACAAAUUAUAGUGGGUUGGAUGUGAAGGUAAUAAUUCAGGAGACUGCGCUAGAAAUCCAAGCACAAACCCACCAUGGAUUCAGUGUCAUGCUGCCUUCCCUCACAAGUGGACUGUACAACUUUUCCGUCACCCUCAACAACAUCCCGUUAGGCACUAAUGGAGUGGAGCCAUUCAUCCAGUACGUUACAGAAGUCUUUGGAAUGGAACCAUGUUGCGGUUCCUUGCUUGGUGGAACGUCGCUCACAAUCUCUGGAGCAGGCUUUAGCAGCAACCAAGUUAUGGUCUCUGUCUCCGUGGGCUCACGGCCCUGUCCUGUUACCUACCUGAAUGAAGAAAAGAUUGUGUGCCAUAGUCCACCAGCUGUUCAGCUGCCCAAUACAACUGUACAAGACUUUGCAGCAGACGUGCGGGUGUUGAUUGGCAACACAUCAUCUGUAGAUGCUUCUGCCUUGAACAUCUCAAAUUUUACUUUUCUUUACAAAACAUCUUUGACUCUCGACAUUGAAGAUGUUGAAGUAGAAAUGGUGAAUGAUACCCUGUGGCUGAAAAUAGAGGCAAUAAAUGUGACCGAUUUGGUGGCUCUUCUUGGGGACGUGGAGUGUGAGCUCAAGGCAGAGCACACCAAUCAUUCUACAUUUAGUGCUCAAUGCUCCUUACCACUAAACGUUUUUGAGCCGGGACAGUAUCCCGUCAGAAUUCUCCAGAAGCAGACGGGUUAUGCCAAUGUUCCAACGGAGAGGCAGCACUUUACUGUUUUUCCAUUGAUAAAGACUAUCUUCCCAUCUCAUGGCUCAGUUUGUGGUGGGCAGUUGCUCACUAUAUCUGGCCUUGCUUUAAAAUCUCAGACAAAUUCAGUUGGGGUGAAUCUGGCCAACAAUUUCACCUGUGAGAUCCAGAGCUCAGAUGAUAGCAUUAUAAAAUGUGCUCUUUUGCGAAUGGAUUUUCUUAUGGACAACGGGCCGUUCCGUGAUGGAUCUCAAGACCUUGGUGUUACGGUGUCUGUGAAUGGAAUUGAUAGCCGUUGCCUGGAAGGCUGUUCAUUCCAUCUUCUCGAAAACCUGACCUUCGUUAUUGAUGCUGUGACUGCGGAGUUUAAUGAGAUGUUGAUUCAUUUGCUGAUCAGAGGUCAGAGGUCAGCGUGGGCAAUGGAAGGAGCCUCGAUAGAAGUGGACGAGCGUCUCCCUUGCAACAUCACUUUUUGGAAUGAAACCACCGUUGAGUGCUGCGUUAACCACCUUGCGGCUGGUGAACACGUCGUUUCUGUACGGCACAGAAGGUGGGGGCAGGCAUGCCUUAGUCAGAAAGGUUCCAAUAUCUUCAGAGUUGCGCCCCGUGUGAGCCGCUUUUACCCCCAGAAUUUCAGCAUCCAUGGGGGAGGCCUUCUCACACUGGAGGGUGUAGCAUUAAAAGGAAGGAACAAGACCUCUGUUACCACAGGGGAUCGUAACUGUUUCCUCACCAGUGUGGCCUACUGGGCUGUCCAGUGCCUUGUCCCUUCCAACCAUGGGACCGUCGCUGUGAGGCUCUCUGUAGAUGACGUUUUGUAUUUCGUUGGAGAAAUAAACUACAGCGAAGAUUCCACUCCUGUUUUCCUUUCCCUUCUGCCGGCUGUGAACCAGUUUCUGACUAUAAGGGUGUCACGGAUCAGGCGGACGGAAGACAUGUAUGUUUUUGUUGGAGGCACUGCCUGUACCAAUAUCACUGGCAAUGACAGAACUUUGCACUGUGUGCUUCCUCGGCUUCCUGCCGGCGUCUAUAACGUGACUGGUGGGGAUGUACUCAGAGGCGGGGCUUCCUCAAGUUUGGUGUUCACAUCUUGCCUGACCGUCCUAUCGGUGAAGGGCAACCGUGGCUGUCUUGGUGGUGGUGAAGUGCACAUACGUGGGACUGGAUUUUCUCCAGGGAAUACCUUGGUUACCAUCUGUGGCACUGUCUGUGAAAUGCUGGAUGGUGUCACCACAACGGAUCUGACCUGCUUAGCCCAGCCCUUGAAUGCAUCCUUAGCAAUUCUCUGUGGCUUGACGUGGUCUUUGGAGGAGGAGACCAACUGCGCAGCACCAGUUCCAGCCUUGAUCCAGUGCGACAUCCACGUCAUGUCAAAUGCUUCCGUCAUGAAAGCGGCCACACCUUACCUAUACCUGUGCAGCAAUUCGUGUUCCGCUUUACCGUCUGACCAGGCAGCCGCCAACUCAUCCCAUGGCCUUUUCACCGGCCUUUUCAUCAGCCCUAAAGUGGAAAGAGAUGAAGUUCUCAUCCAUAAUAGCUCCUGUAACAUUACCAUGGAAACUGAGGCAGAGAUGGAGUGUGAGGGACCUAAUCAGCCAAUUACCGCCAAGAUUACUGAGAUAUGGAAAAAACGGGGCCAGACCACUCAGAGUGCCAACCCUUUUCGAUUUUGUGGCUACUGGUCAAAGGACUGGAGCUGGCUUGAUGGGCACCAACCACACGAUGGCGAUAACGUCACAGUGGAGCGAGGCCAGACUUUGCUCUUGGAUACCAGCACAAGCGUCCUUAACAUACUUCAUGUCAAAGGUGGCAAGCUUGUGUUUGUUGGUCCUGGGCCAGUGGAACUCCAUGCUCAUUACAUCCUGGUAUCCGAUGGAGGAGAACUCCAAGUUGGAGCCCCUGGUGACCCAUUCUGUGGCAUAGCCCGCAUCCAUCUGCAUGGCAGUUCCCAUUCACCCCCCUUCUCUCCAUAUGGAGCCAAAUUUUUGGCUGUGAGGAAUGGAACACUUUCCAUGCACGGGUGUCUUCCUAAAGUGACAGUCACACAUUUGAAAUCCGGAGCACGUCCAAAUGACACCAGGUUAAGUCUGAUGGAGGCUGUGGACUGGAAACCUGGAGAUGACGUUGUUAUCUGUGGAGGAGGCCUUGGAGAUGCUCAGAAGCCAGAUGAGGUGGUGACUGUCCAGUCUGUCCAGGGCACAGACCUCUACAUUACAUCCCCUCUCAGGUAUCCUCAUGACAUUUCUGAAGAACAGGUGUUAGGAGAACGUCUGAAUUUGAGAGCCAUAGUGGCAUUACUCAGCAGAAGUGUGGUCAUCCAAGGAAAUGUCACAAGUGAGAAGAUUUCCCACCAGAAGCAGUGCAAAGAAGCUGCUGCUUUAGGGGGCGAGACAGGUGUCUCAAAAUGUCUGUACAAGCGAAGUGAAAGGAACCUCGGAUCUCGUGACAUGGGGGCUGUGGUAAUUGUGCAGUCCUAUCGUGGCGAGGGGAGCCGACUGCAUUUGGAAGGAGUACAGUUCCGGCACAUCGGUCAAGUAUUCCGGAAAGAUCUCAGCGCGCUCACCAUUGCUGGGAAUGCCCAUAUGACUAGCUCUUACAUUCGGGGCUGUGUUGUGUUGGAUUCUUUUGCUCGGGGAAUUAGCCUUUCUGGGGUGUCACACCUCAGGGUGGAAAAUAACGUUUUAUACAACAUCAUGGGCCAUGGACUUAGUGUGGGAGAGUGGCUGGAUCAAAAGAACCAAUUAAAGCACAAUACAAUUAUUGGACUUUCUGGAACUGAUGGGCUGUCCAAUAUUGAAACCUUUUCACCCGCUGGGAUCUACAUCCAGGCUCCUGAUAAUUUGAUAGAGGGUAACACUGUCUGUGCAGCUGGUCACGGCUAUUUUUUUCACCUUUCCCCCACGGGGCUGUCGCAGGCACCAGCCCUGUCUUUCACUGGGAAUGUGGCGCAUACCUGCCCUAGGUAUGGACUCCUGUUAUAUCCUGAAUAUCACCCUCAAAGGGCAAACAGUACGAACCUUGUUGUAUUUCAGUCCUUCACAGUCUGGCAAUGCCAAGGUGGUGUUCAGAUUAUGAACAGUUGCAACCUGCAGCUUCGGGCAUUCCUUCUCUUUGCCUGCCAUGACUUUGGAGUUGACAUUGUCGAAAGUCUUGGAAAUGUCUCCGUGGUCAACAGCUGGUUCCUUGGCCACUUGCAUAAAACAAAUGAAAGCUGUAUGUUUACAGGGCUGAAAACUCCCAAAAGGCGUGAGCUAUUGAUUUCUAAUACAACCUUUGUGAACUUUGACCUUCUCAACUGCACGGCAAUCACCCCCUGUUCUGGCUGUCAGCAGGGUCAGGGUGGAUUUACUGUGAGAGCAGAACAAGUGUUCCUCUUAAAUACACCAAACUGGGUAUCAUUUCCAUUCCCUCAUUCUGCCAUUCUUGAAGAUCUAGAUGGCUCCAUCACAGGACAGGAAGGGAGUCGCCUUCUUCCUUCUAUGGAUACGCUGCCAGCCUCCUGCAGGGCCAGCGUCAAUGCCAGUCGAACUAGCAGGGGCAGUGUUUGCGCUGGAAGUUGUGUUUUUCACCGCAUGUCCAUUGGCCUGACUAAUGCCCCGAUCUGUCCUUACAAUUUAAAAGUGAUUGAUAGCAGUAAUAAGACAACAACCGUCAAUUAUGUCCCUGACACUCUAUCAAAUGCCUUCGGCUGGAUGGCUCUUCUCCUGGAUCAGGAGACGUAUACUCUGUCAUUUGACAACUUAUGGGUUUUUUUUUCCCUCCAGUACGUGGCUACAUUUGAUAACUUUUCUGCUGGGAAUUAUUUACUGGUGGAGCAUGAAGGCCUGUCACCUUAUAUCAAUGUCACGGUGACCUGUGGGACCAGGCAAGGAUUGCCACUCCAAUCACUUCCUUCACAUAGAUAUAACAAAAGCUGUGAUUGGUUGUUCAGCAAGGAACAGAAAAAACUAACUUAUUUAGUUACAGGUGAAGGUCUAAUCCAAGUUUGGCUCUGUGUGUCCUGUUUCCUAGAUCCAAUUGUUCCACCUCCUCCUCCUCCUCCUCCUUCACUUUUGAGAUGGUCUGAUUCUGCAUCUUGGGAUGGAGUGACAAAGAGCUGGGGUGGCUACAAUCACAGUGUCCCACUACCUGGCGAUGAUGUCAUUAUUUUGCCAGGCAGAACCAUCCUGGUAGAUACGACUCUUCCUCGCCUCCGUGGACUCUACCUCCUGGGGACGCUAGAAUUCCCUUUGAACUCCAGCAAUGUUCUGAGUGCCUCCUGCAUUCUCAUUGCUGGCGGUGUACUGAAAGUUGGUACAUUACAAAAUCCAUUAGAAAGGAGAGCAAAGAUACAAAUUCUCCUUCGGGCAUCUGAGAGGGUUUACUGUGAUCGACUGGAUGGAAUAGGUGUUGCUCCUGGAACUAUUGGUGUUUAUGGGAAGCUGCAGAUGCAUAGUGCUUAUGCCAGGAAUUCUUGGACGCGUCUGGGAAAUGAUGUUGCCCCUGGAAACGAAAGGCUUUUGGUACAAGACCCGUUGGACUGGCAUCGUGGUGACAGUAUUGUCAUCAGCUCCUCUUCUUAUGAAGCCCACCAAGCUGAAACAGCCAUUUUGGAAGAAGUAAACAAUCACAGCAUUAGGAUCCGUGAACGUCUUCUCUACAGACAUCUUGGACAUUCCCAAAGCUUAGAAGAUGGGCAAAGGAUUUCUCUAGCUGCAGAAAUUGGGCUCCUAACACGGAAUAUACAAAUCAAGUCCGACAACAACUGCAAUGGGCGGCUUUUGGUGGGAAGCUUCAGAAAUGCCAGUGGGACUGAAUUUACAGGCAUGCUCCAGCUUUCCAAUGUUGAGAUUCUAAGCUUCGGAUCCUCACAGUUCCCUUCAGUUGACAUCAGGAGCGCAUCCCCUGAUUCCUUUAUCAUCUCCUCCAGCAUUCACCAGAGCUGUGGGGCUGGCAUCCGGGCAGUGGCAAGCAGUGGGCUCUUACUACAAGAUAAUGUCGUAUUCAGCACGGCUGGGCAUGGCAUACAUUUGGAAGGCCAAGACUCUUCUCUUGUGAGGAAUCUGAUCAUUCUGAGCCAACAGCCGCAGAGCGUGUCUUACUGGGUGGCUGGCAUCAAAACCAACGGGGCAGAUAAUGUCCGCUUGCACAAUAAUGUUGUGGCAGGAUCAGAACGGAUAGCUUUCCAUAUCAGAGGGCAGGAAUGCUUCUUAGCGGGGGAGCUUUGCAGUGGUAAUGUAGCUCAUUCAAGUCUUCAUGGGGUUCAUUUGUACAGAGGAGACGGCUUUCCAAACUGCACCAAAAUCGCAGGCUUCAUAUCCUUCAAGAACUACGACUAUGGAGUCCUAUUUCAUCUCGAAGGAAACGUAGUGGUAGAGAAUAUGAUAUUGGUAGACAACAAUGUCGGCCUUCUCCCAGUUCUGUACUGCCCAUCUACUGAGCUGCGCUGUCACUUAGAAAAGCAGUACGUUGAAUUUAGGAACUCAGUCCUUUUGGCCACCAGCUUUUCUUUUGAUUGUGUCAAGGACCGAAUCCAUCCCCUUUCCGCUCACCUGACCACGAGAGAUCGCGCUCCACGUAGUCCUUGGAAGGGUCGUGUUGGGAUUCUGUGGCCUUCUUUUACCUCUGAAUCCCGUUGCUGGCCUGAUAAUCCGUGGCAUAAAAUACAAAAUUAUUCGGCAGUGCUGGGAAUCAUGAAAUUGCAAGAUGUCACCUUUGCUGGCUUUAGGAAGACUUGCUAUAGUGAUGACAGAGAUAUCUGCAUCAUGACCAAUCCUGAUAACAGAGGCGUCCUGCAUGUGGUCACAUCAGAGAGGACUAGGAUGCUCCAUGUCAGUGAACAGAAUAUGUUCCACUUUUAUCCAUCGCACACUCGAGAAAAUGAGUCAAGAGUCAGUUCGUGUGUUGACAGAGUAUGUGAGGGUUCAAGAAAAGCCCUUUUCAAAGAUUUGGAUGGCAGCGCCCUUGAGUUGAACCCACCUGUGUCUAUCUUCCCGAAGUCAGAGGCAGAGUGGGAACAGCUGUGCUUGGAUGUUGAUGAAUUCCCACAAGCAGAAGUGGCUCACGUGGAUGCCGUCUCCCGGGUGGGGGAGCUGCUAGGACUCCCAGUAUCCCAGAAGGAGGAGAAUUCACAGCUGUCUGGGAACCGUACAGGAGAUGGCAUCCUCGUGAGCCACUUCCACUUGUGGGAAUUCGCCUGGGAAAGAAUUAAGUCUAUUGCAUAA